AUGAAGACUAAGGUCUCACUUCUGACCUCAGUUCUUCAUCAUCGUCUCCACUCUAAGUCACUUAAUUUUGUUGGAUCCUUACCCCAUUUUUACCCCUUAUCACACCCACAAAUACCUUUCACCGAUUCACCCAAACAACAAGAUGAUCAAUUGGCUGUUUGUGUUCAUGAUUCAAGAGCACAAGUUCUUGAUCAGUUUUCCUGCAUACCCAUUUCAACGAUUCACACAGAAUCCAGCUCUAAACAUGAAACCGAUAAGCAAGAUGACGAUGAUAUAUGGCUGAUAAUGAAAGAUGAAGCAAGAUCUGAUGUUGACCAAGAACCCAUACUGUCAGACUACUAUUCUAGAUCAAUCUUAUCUCAUCAUACCAUGGAGAGUGCUCUAUCUCAUCAUCUCUCCACAAAGCUCGGAAGUUCUAGUCUCCCUAGUAGAACCCUCCAUGAUCUUUUCAUGGAUGUACUCACAGGCGAUCAAGAUAUUGUUGGAGCUGUAAAAGAUGAUCUAAAGGCCGUAAAGGAAAGGGACCCAGCUUGUUUGAGCUAUGUUCACUGUUUCCUUCAUUUUAAGGGGUUUCUUGGUUGUCAAGCUCAUAGAGUAGCACACAAGCUAUGGUCACAAAACAGAAAAAUCUUGGCGGUUUUGAUCCAGAAUCGGGUUUCUGAGGUUUUAGCUUUGGACAUUCAUCCCGGAGCUAAGAUCGGAAGUGGGAUAUUGUUUGAUCAUGCCACCGGAGUUGUUGUUGGAGAGACGGCAGUGAUCGGAGACAACGUAUCGAUUUUGCAUAAUGUGACAUUGGGUGGGACCGGGAAGAGUUGUGGGGACAGACAUCCGAAGAUUGGAGAUGGGGUUUUGAUAGGGGCAGGGACUUGUGUUUUGGGGAAUGUUAGGAUUGGUGAAGGGGCAAAAAUUGGGGCAGGGUCAGUGGUGUUGAAGGAUCUGCCCGCUCGAACUACUGCUGUUGGGAAUCCUGCUAAGUUGAUUGGAGGGAAGGAUAAUCCGGUCAAGCUUGAUAAAAUUCCUAGCCAUACUAUGGAUCAUACUUCACAUAUUGAGUUUUAUGAUUAUGUUAUUUAG